AUGAUUGUAGCAUCCUCCGUCGCCGUGUCGGUAAAACGAGUUGUCACUUGCUUCAUUUUGUCGUCCUCGUCGCCGUCGACGCGAGAAAAUCUGCGCAUAGCUGUGUUUCGGAGGAAGGACACCAUGCCCACAUUUGCCUCUCACUGGGCAGGAAUCAGUGGCUCCAUGGAACAAGGCGAAGAACCGUGGCAAACGGCUCUCAGAGAACUACAAGAAGAAACCAAUCUGGUCCCCAACAAGGAGACGGAAAAUAAGCAAGGCCCGUCUUGCAUCUUUGUCCCAACGGGUGGACUGUACGUCGAUGUCCCCUUUAAGGAGAACCGAAAAAUUCGAGUCUAUCCGUUUGUGGUGCAUCUUCCACGGCCAGCUGCUAUGGAAAUGAGAGGAACCGAACACGACUAUAUUCAAUUUGUCUCUGUGGAGGAAUUGGAACAAUUGGAGCCCGCAGUGCCAGGCUUGGCCACGGCCUUUCAUCAUGCCACUGCGGGCGCGUUUCUUCGUCACGACGCCUUGCCAGAACCCGUGUGGCAAUGGUCCAAGGAUCGAGUCAACGGGGCCGCGUUUCUCGCCAGAAAGGCAUUGGAAUUGGCCAAACAGUAUCCCUCUUCCGCUUCCACAAUGACAAUGCUGAGACCCUCCAUGGUACCCAUUGUCAAUGUAUUGAAAGCAUUUGAGCAACAACAACCAGCUGACGACAGUGUAGCCGAAUCCAUUCUAGUGUCAUUGAAAGAAGAAGGGGACCGGUCGAUUCAACUGGGGGUGGACUGCUUGACUACUCUUUAUCAACAACAAAGCAAACAAAAUUGUGCGGCGAACGAUGACUCAUCGUCAUUCACUAUUGGCACCUUUAGUCGAUCAUCCACUAUUCUCAAGCUGCUCCAGAGAUUCUUGGAGAAGAGGGAAGCAAGAGAGACGAUCAACAUCCAAAUUCUCUGUGGCAAAAGUAUACCGGGGGGCGAAGGAGAACUCAUGGCACAGGACUUGUCCCAAGCAGUCGCAGCUGCUCCAUCUGCUGUAUCGGUCGAAUGCAUUGAGGAUCAAGACAUGCAGCAACGCAUUCGCGAUGGCAAAGUAAAUGUCGUAAUCGUGGGAGCAGAUUGUGUCAUGGAGGAUCAGUUUGUCAACAAGGUGGGCACAAAAGCGUUAGCAGAGACUUGCCAAGAGUCCGGGACGGCUAUCCUCUGCUGCACGGAUCAAUGGAAGUUUUGGAGUGAUCAAUUUCCUCCACCCUUGGAGGACAUUUUUGAAUGCAUCCCUCGGCCUCUACUCACCCACUUGGCUAUGCACAGGAGCCAAGAAAGUACCAGUGAUAGCUAG